GAGGAAGACGCAGCAGCCAGCCGGCCACAGCAGCCCCUGCGCUCUGCCCGCGCCGCACGCCGCGGCCUCUCAGCGGCGCGGGCGGAGGACGAGCCGUAAGGGGAGAAGCAGCCCGGAGGUGGCCGCCGCCGGCAGCGAGGCUCCCCCGGCCCGCGGGGGCGCCGCCGCCCGCGCCUCGCCGCCCGGGGGGCCCGGCGCGGGACUACUUGAAGCCAGCUCCAGCAAAGAGAAAGAGUUGUGUUUGUGCCAGCCAGACCCAGUCUCCAGUGCUGGUCCCCCUGAUGGCACUUUGUACAACCCUGUGAAACCUGCCAAGCUGGACGCCACAGCUUUGCACGACUGCACUUUGGCCACCACUGUGCCUCCUUCCGAGCUGUCGAAUCAUGCAGUCCUAGCCUGUGACACAGGCAUUCAUGAAGAGCACUAUGUAAGUGAAGCAGUAGAAGAUGAUGUGCCAGACUGCAGAGAGUACAGAGAUGCCUGCACCAUUACUGAUGUGUGCAAUAGUACCAAUCUUCCUGAAGUUGAAAUCAUCAGUCUACUGGAAGAGCAGCUGCCUCAUUAUAAGCUAAGAGCAGAUACAAUCUAUGGUUAUGACCACGACGACUGGCUUCACACACCACUCAUUUCCCCUGAUGCCAAUAUUGACUUAACAACUGAGCAAAUAGAAGAGACCUUGAAAUACUUCCUUUUAUGUGCUGAAAGAGUGGGCCAGAUGACUAAAACAUACAAUGACAUAGAUGCUGUUACACGUCUUCUUGAAGAGAAAGAACGGGACUUGGAAUUAGCUGCUCGGAUUGGCCAGUCGCUGCUAAAGAAAAACAAAUCACUGACAGAAAGAAACGAGUUCCUGGAGGAGCAAGUAGAACACAUCAGGGAAGAGGUUUCUCAGUUGCGGCAUGAGCUCUCCAUGAAAGAUGAGCUGCUCCAGUUUUAUACCAGUGCUGCUGAAGAAAGUGAGCCAGAGUCCAUCUGUUCCACACCGCUGAAGAGGAACGAAUCUUCUUCCUCCGUUCAGAACUACUUUCAUUUGGAUUCUCUUCAGAAGAAACUCAAGGACCUUGAAGAGGAGAAUGUUGUGCUUAGAUCUGAGGCCUGUCAGCUGAAGACUGAAACCAUUACUUAUGAAGAGAAAGAACAACAGCUUGUCAAUGACUGUGUAAAAGAGCUAAGGGACGCAAACAUCCAGAUUGCCAACAUCUCCGAAGAGUUAGCCAAGAAAAACGAAGAUGCUGCCCGGCAGCAAGAAGAAAUCACCCAUCUUCUCUCUCAGAUAGUUGAUCUGCAGAAAAAGGCAAAAGCUUGUGCAGUUGAAAAUGAGGAACUUGUCCAGCAUUUGGGAGCUGCUAAAGAUGCCCAGAGACAGCUUACAGCAGAGUUGCGAGAGCUGGAAGACAAGUAUGCAGAGUGCAUGGAGAUGCUUCAUGAAGCUCAAGAAGAGCUGAAAAACCUUAGGAACAAGACAAUGCCAAAUGCCAUCUCACGUCGGUACCACUCUCUCGGACUCUUCCCUAUGGACUCUUUGGCAGCAGAGAUAGAAGGGUCAAUGAGGAAAGAGCUGCAUUUAGAUGAACCCGACUCUCCUGACUUUGCUCAUCAGAAGCGGGUCUUCGAGACGGUGAGAAACGUGAACCAAGUUGUGAAGCAGAGGUCCAUGACUCCGUCACCAAUGAAUAUCCCAGGCUCUAACCAGUCCUCUGCUAUGAACUCAGUCAUUUCCAGCUGCGUCAGCACUCCACGUUCCAGUUUCUAUGGGGGAGACAUCUCUAACAUUACGAUAGACAACAAGACCAAUAGCAUCAUCUUAGAGGAAUCCUCUGACAAUGGAAAUGAAGACAGGAUGAAGAAGCCUGGAACUCCAGGGACUCCAGGCUCCAGUGACCUAGAGACUGCCCUUCGUCGGCUGUCCCUCAGGCGGGAGAAUUACCUUUCAGAGCGGAGGUUCUUUGAAGAAGAGCAAGAGAGGAAGCUGCGGGAACUCGCUGAGAAGGGUGAACUCCACAGUGGUUCUGUUACCCCCACAGAGAGCAUCAUGUCACUGGGAACUCACUCCAGGUUUUCAGAAUUCACUGGAUAUUCAGGAAUGUCUAUCAGCAGUCGCUCCUACCUGCCAGAAAAGCUUCAGAUUGUGAAACCACUAGAAGGUUCUGCCACCUUGCACCACUGGCAGCAGCUGGCUCAGCCUCACCUGGGUGGCAUCCUGGACCCGAGGCCCGGGGUUGUCACCAAGGGCUUCAGGACCCUGGACCUGGACCUGGAUGAAGUGUACUGCCUUAAUGACUAUGAGGAAGAUGAGACAGGUGACAUUUCUUACAAGGGCCUAACUACCUCGACGCCAGUUCAGCACACAGAGACCUCAGGUGAGAGGUCACAAGCACAAGUGACUGUUUCAGACAACAAGAAUAACCCCCGCCAAUCUCAGGCUUUCACAGAGGAGAUGCAGGAGGCCGCGACUGACGAUGAUGAGGGGUCUGUACCUCAUCCUGGGAAGUGCAUGUCACAAACCAACUCCACCUUCACCUUCACCACCUGCCGCAUUCUGCACCCUUCCGAUGAGCUCACACGAGUCACACCAAGCCUUAACGCAGCACCUACUCCAGCUUGUGGCAGCAUUAGCAAUUUGAAGGGCACGCCGGUGGCUACUCCCUGCACUCCUCGGCGUCUGAGCUUGGCCGAAUCCUUCACCAACCUCCGGGAAUCCACGACAACCAUGAGCACGUCCCUGGGGCUGGUGUGGCUGCUGAAGGAAAGGGGCAUCUCGGCAGCAGUGUACAACCCGCAGAGCUGGGACAGAGCCAGCAAAGGCACCCUCCUUAACGCCUACCCCCCCAAAAUGGCCAUCAUUCCUUCCACUCCACCAAACUCACCUAUGCAGACGCCUUCUUCAUCCCCUCCGUCUUUUGAGUUCAAGUGCACGAGCCCACCUUACGACAACUUCCUGGCUUCGAAGCCUGCUAGCUCCAUCCUGAAGGAGGUGAGGAACAAAAAGAACAUCAGGAACAGUGAGAGUCAGACCGACGUGUCUGUUUCCAACCUUAAUCUCGUGGACAAAGUCAAGAGGUUCGGUAUCGCCAAAGUUGUGAGUUCAGGGCAGGCGUCGGCUCCUCCUUUAACUGACGACCAGGGACCUCUUCUCUGUGGGGCACAAGGCCCAGUGAGGGCCCUUGUUCCCGGAGGCCUGGCACCAGACACUCUGCCCUUGGGCUGCCCUGCCGUGACCAGCGCCAUCGGAGGCAUCCCGCUCAACAGCGGCAUCCGCAGGAACCGGAGCUUCCCCACCAUGGUGGGCUCCAGCAUGCAGAUGAAAGGCCCGACGUCACUCACGUCGGGGAUCCUCAUGGGAACCAAGCUCCCCAAGCAAAGCAGCUUACGAUGAAGGACCCUCUUUUUACAGCUGACCUUUUUAAAUAUGAACACUCAGAUUCUUUCCUCCGAUCUCCUUUUCCUUUCCCCCGCCGCCCCUUCCAUUGCCUCUUUGAGUUUGACAAAUCAACUUCGUGCCUAAACGGGAGAAAUGUGUAAACUUUGUACAAAAUGUGUAAAUAUGUGCCCAGAUCUAUUGUAACUAACGGGAUGAUUUCACUGUUCGUGGGAGUGCAAAAGGCUCUACGUGACGGUUGCUGUAUUGAGGUGAACUUGCAAACCUUUUGAAAAGGUUGUUGGGUUAUUUUGGGGGUUUUUCUUUUUAAAGAUGCACUGAAAAAAUAAAAGAACAAAACCAACAACAAAAAAUAAACAAUAGAGCACUUGACUAGGAAACAGUGACUUGUGUAAGUAGGCCGGCUUUUGAGUCCAAGGUGCAUGGGAAGCUAUUGAAUGUGUUACGUGAGGCCUCGCAUCGCAUCACUUGAAGCAUGGGAGCGUUUGUGCUUCGUUAAAUGAUGAAAAACAGAGCACUCGGUUUAACAUGUGGUACUUUCAGUUUUGCUUCUGUAGAUGAGUUGAGCUGAGUUGUUGGGAGUGCCUGGCUGUUAUGCCUGAAUGGAUGAGACUUCUUUUUCUUUCCUACCUAUUCUGUAUUCUCCUCCUCCCCGAGGUUACAAACUUGAACUAAUACCGUGUUGAGUUCAGCAGGCUUACUGGGUACCUGAAAGAUUGCUGUGUCCCUGGCACCACUGUUUCAUUUGGCACACUUAACACUCCGUGCAAUGACUCUCUGGGGGUUUUUGCGUUGUUUUCUUCGUUUUUCGAUGCUGCACUGGAUUGUGGAAGGGAAGAAAUGCUUUACUGUGUGUCGCUGCCGCUGAAACACGCUUUUGGUCAGUGCCCCCAAAGAGGAAGAGGUUUCACAACUUCCUAGACACGUGGCAGUGACUUCCCAGAAGUCAAAAGCUGUGGAACAGAUUGACAGAUAAGAAUGUUAUAAAAGAACAUGUAGCAGAAGCAGUAUUAGGAAAAGGUGAGUCCUUGAAACCUUAGAGAACCACUAAAAACGUUUAGUAACGAAAUGGUACAAGCUGGAAAGGGCAACUUUGCAGUCCUCGUGCUGAUCUUCCAGGUUUCAUGCACGUUGAGGACCGUGGCCUUGGAAGCAGGGUGAGAAUAUUCACCACCCACUUUCUGGUUUGUUUUUUUUCCAGAGAAACCUUUGUUGUCCGAAAUUGGACCUUAGCAUAGGGACAAAGACGGAAAACGCCUUAUUUCACAGGGGUUUUAAACUGACAAAGUACCUCCCAAUGCCAAACAUACAACCCUCUGCUCCUUCAGAAAGGAAACAAAAGACCUUGCACAACGUUCAGUUACAGCCAGGCAACCCAAAUUUAUAUUGCAGUUGUUUUUUUUCUCUCGUUUCUCACAAGCUUCUGCUGGGUGCUCGUGAAAAGAAUGGAGAAGUCCUGGAACUGGAACAGACUGGAAGGAGGCUUGUUUCUAGACCUGAGCUGAGAUACAAAUGCCUUUUGAAGGGUGCUGGGGAUGGGAGAGGAGCAAAGAAGGGAGGGUUUAACAUCCACUUUCUUUUCCUAGCACUUGUGACGUCUCAAUGAAGCUCCCUGUUUGUCACCAUUACCACACUACACGUCAUUGCCGUGCAUUGCUGUUUGUACCAGACUGUUACUAAAUCUUUAGCACUGAUAAUUUCUUGUAUAAAUUAAACUUGUCUUUUAGUCUGUGUGAUGAGAGAGAGGUAGGUGGGUGGGGUUGUUUUUUCUUUUUUCCCCUGAAUGAAGUAGUUAUUGCAGUAGUGCUAUGGACACUUAAGGAUAUUUUUUUUGAGAGGGGAGAAAAAACCAAACCAAACACAUGGGUCAGUUGCUGCAUGUGUUUUGAAGGCUUCUAUUUAUUCUCUGAACUUAGAAUGUUUUAGUAAAAUGUCAUCAGCUCUCUUUGCUGUUGUAUGUGUGCACUUCUUGCAAGUAAAAUCAAAGUAUCUUUUUAUUUGAAUGUAUCUUAAACCAGUAGAUAGAAUACCAGUUGAUUCUGAGGAAAAAAACCAUCAUGGACUUAAUGGACCAUUUUCUAUACCCAGAGGAAGAAAGCAAUACCAUAUGAGAACUUAAAGUGGAGAAGUUAAUCAUGCAAUCAGGAGGUGUUACUUAGCCUUUAAAUAAGCAGCAGGGGCUGUCCACCCACCAGAGAAAGCAAUUGUAACACGUUGGAAAGGUGAAAGUUAAUUUUUUUCUUCACUAAUAUCAAUAAAAUAACAUAAAAAGUUGCA